GCGCACGCAUAGAAGCAGUGAUGGUGAGUGAGGCCAACGCGAAAUGAGCAUAUGAUUACACUCUGAAGUUCAAACCACACACGUCGACGUUCAAGUGGACGGUCCAUAUAUCUCUCUUUCCUAUGCCUAAUUAGCAUCUUCUCGCUCUCUGUUUUUAUUGAUAGAGUCGGUUGGGGUUUCUUCUACGGUCGAUCUUCACUAGCUCGAUCAAGAAGAAACCAGCAAAAUAUAAACACUUGAAGAUUUUAUCAAAGAUGAUGGGGCCGGUGGAUCAAGAGUCGUCAAUACCGCCCGGUUUUAGGUUUCAUCCGACAGAUGAAGAGCUUGUUGGAUAUUACCUCAAGAAGAAAGUCGCAUCCCAAAGUAUUGAUCUCGAUGUUAUCAGAGAAAUUGAUCUCUACAAGAUCGAACCAUGGGAUUUACAAGAGAGAUGCAGGAUAGGGUACGAGGAGCAAAAGGAGUGGUACUUUUUCAGCCACAAAGACAAGAAGUAUCCGACUGGGACGAGGACUAACCGAGCCACCAUGGCUGGUUUCUGGAAAGCCACAGGCCGGGACAAGGCCGUUUACCUCAACUCCAAACUAAUUGGUAUGAGAAAGACUCUCGUCUUUUACCGCGGUCGAGCUCCCAAUGGCCAAAAAUCCGACUGGAUCAUCCAUGAAUACUACAGCCUAGAAUCCCACCAGAACGCUCCUCAGCAGCAGGAAGAAGGAUGGGUAGUGUGUAGAGCAUUUAAGAAACGAACGACCGUCCCGACAAAAAGAAGACAAAUUUGGGAUUCGAACUGUUUCCUAUACGACGAUGCUACCCUCUUGGAACCUCUCGACAAGAACGUCCUCAUCAAGCGCGCCAAACAUAACACUGAUGGUCUAGCGGUCACACCGUUUAAGCAAGAACUACCCUCUGAGGCCAACCAAAUCGUUGAUGAUGGAUUCUUUGGCUCUAUGUACCUUAAAUCCAUGGGUGAUGAUGAAUUAUCUCAGCUUCCUCAGCUAGAGAGCCCCUCUCUCGCCUCAGACAAGUUGCCGGAAACAACUAGCCGCACGGGGGAAGAUGACGUUGGCGCUGAGAAGAGGAUGACGGAUUGGAGAGCGCUUGAUAAGUUCGUGGCGUCUCAAUUCUUGAUGAAUGGCGAAGAAUAAAAGCUUUUUUGGGGGUGAUAGUAUACCGUUCAAUGCAUGCAUGCAUAAGAAACGUCGUCGUUACGUGGAAUUAUAUAUGAUCUUAAUAAAAAGCAACGAAGGGAAGGAUUUUGGAUGGAUAAGCAGAAGAUGAGAGUGGAAUAAGAUUAUAUAUAACGCUCUACACUUGCUGAGUUUUUCGUGUAAUGUAUAAGCAGUGGCUUAAAGAAAAAUACGUUCUUUAUUA